CCGGUGUCCGCCCAGCGCUACAAACCCCAAAAUGUUUAAAAGCCAAAUCCCCAAAACCUAAAACCCUAAUAAUAUGUCCCGUAUCUCCUCCAGCCUCGAACUCCUCUCUUCAAAAUCCCCCCUCCUCAAAAACCUCCCCUUCUCCUAUCCCUCCUCUCUCUUCUCCAACCCUAGAUUCCCAUUAAGCCCCAUCCUCUCCCAAUUCGCAGUUCUCUCCUCAUACAAUCAAAGGCGAAGUGGCAGCAGUUCUCAGGACCUCGAGAUGGAAGAGAAUAAGAAGAAGAAGGAGGGGAUGGUCGGUUUCAAUAAGAGAAGGGCGGAGGGGAGAGAAGCUGGUGAAAAGCGCAAGACUUUGCAGCAUAAGACUCCGAGGCUGAAUCCUAUCAACACUAUUUGCUAUGUUCAGAUUUUGGGGACUGGAAUGGACACGCAGGAUACCUCACCAUCAGUUUUGCUAUUCUUCGACAAGCAGAGAUUUAUAUUCAAUGCUGGGGAGGGUUUGCAGCGCUUCUGUACUGAGCACAAGAUCAAAUUAUCAAAGAUUGAUCACAUGUUCUUCACUCGUGUAUGCUCAGAAACAGCUGGUGGAUUACCAGGUCUUCUGCUAACUUUAGCGGGCAUUGGAGAAGAAGGAAUGUCCGUUAAGAUAUGGGGCCCUUCUGAUCUCACAUAUUUGAUCAAUGCAAUGAAAUCUUUUAUUCCGCAUGCUGCCAUGGUUCACGCACAGAGCUUUGGGGAGUCGCAAAGUAGCGCUGGACCUGCUGUUUCAUUUUCUGAUCCUGGCAGGGCUACAGAUCGUAUUGUUCUCAUUGAUGAUGAGGUGGUACGACUGUCUGCUAUUCCAUUAAGACCAGCCCAGUCCAGAGGUUCAACCUUAAAGCCUGGUGAUAUUGCUGUCAUCUAUGCCUGCGAAUUGCCUGAAAUUAAGGGAAAGUUUGACCCCGAUAAAGCUGCAUCUCUUGGGUUGAGACCGGGACCAAAAUAUCGUGAAUUGCAACUAGGGAAUUCCGUCAUGUCCGAUCAUCUCGACAUUAUGGUUCACCCAAGUGAUGUUCUUGGUCCUUCACUACCUGGUCCAAUUGUUCUUAUUGUUGACUGCCCAACAUCAGACCAUAUGGUGGAAUUAUUUUCUCUGCAGCCUCUUGAAUGUUAUUAUGUGGAGUCUUCACAUCACCCAGGAGAGGGCAUGAGACGUGUGAAUUGUAUAAUUCACCUGAGUCCAGCUUCCGUAACAAGGAAUGCAGAUUAUCAGACAUGGAUGAAAAAGUUUGGCGGUGUGCAGCAUAUCAUGGCAGGGCAUGAAAUGAAAAACAUGGAAAUCCCUGUCCUCAAAGCUAGUGCAAGAAUUUCAUCAAGACUCAACUACCUAUGUCCUCAGUUCUUUCCUGCUCCCGGAUUUUGGUCUCCGAAGAAUAAUAGCUUCUUUCCACAGCCCAAUGGUUAUUGUGAGGAUUCCUCUCCAGCUUUGGCUAACAGAAUUUCAGCUGAAAAUCUUCUCAAGUUUCAUCUCCGUCCCCUUUCUCAGCUGGGUCUGGACCACUCGGCUAUUCCGAGCAUGAUCAAUCACAAAGAGAUUGUUGAUGAACUUCUAACAGAAAUUCCUGAAAUUGUUGAUGUUUCAGAACAUGUCAGUCAGUUCUGGGCUGCAGAAAGUAAAGAUGUGAUGCCUAAGAAAGCUGAAAAUAUAAUCAUGGUGGAAGAACCAUGGAUGAAUGAAGCUUCAUGCAGUACCAAGGCGAACUUUGAACUUGUGAGAUGCAAGGAGAGCACAUGUCUUGUAGAUGGCAUUGAGAAGAGCGGAGUUACUCAGAAUUUUGAUAUUCCUCCUUGUUUGGAGAAUAUAACACGGGAAGACAUGGAAAUUGUUCUUCUGGGUACAGGUUCAUCACAACCUUCCAAAUAUCGCAAUGUCAGUUCUAUUUUUGUCAAUCUUUUCUCAAAGGGAAGUUUGCUUCUAGAUUGUGGAGAAGGAACAUUGGGACAGUUGAAAAGAAGAUUCGGUGUGGAGGGCGCUGAUAAUGCUGUUAAAGGUUUAAGAUGUAUUUGGAUUUCUCACAUUCAUGCUGAUCAUCACACUGGUCUCGCAAGAAUACUUGCACUGCGGUCUCAAUUGUUAAAGGAUGUGCCACAUGAACCUUUGCUUGUGAUUGGUCCAAGAUCACUGAAGAGGUUUUUAGAUGCUUACGCAAGGCUCGAAGAUUUAGAUGCACUGUUCUUGGACUGUAGGCAUACAACGGAGGCUAGCCUAGAUUCCUUCUUCAGUUCCAGCAAUUCCGAACACGAUAAAUAUCAAUCUCAAGAAACUACAUUAUUUGCUCAAGACAGUAGAAUGGAAAGUUUUUGGAAGAGACCUGGGAGCCCAGUUGAUAUUGCCAUGGCUGAACCACUUUUAAUUAGACUGAAGUCGAUACUUCGUGAUGCGGGUCUAGAAGCUUUAUAUAGUGUCCCUGUCAUACAUUGCCCUCAAGCUUUUGGUGUUGUCCUAAAAGCUGCUGAGAGAAUAAAUAGUGUCAGAAAAACUAUACCGGGUUGGAAGCUUGUUUACUCUGGUGAUACUAGACCUUGUCAAUCCCUGAUAGAUGCAUCUGCUGACGCAACAGUUCUUAUACACGAGGCGACAUUUGAAGAUAGCAUGGAGGAAGAAGCAAUCGCAAAGAAUCACAGCACAACUAAGGAAGCCAUAGGGGUUGGUUCAUCAGCUAGAGCAUAUCGCAUUGUACUGACUCAUUUUAGCCAGAGAUACCCAAAAGUCCCAGUGUUUGAUGAGGCGCACAUGGAUAGAACUUGUAUUGCUUUUGAUCUAAUGAGCAUCAACGCAGCAGACUUACCUGUUCUUCCUAAGGUGCUUCCAUACCUUAAAGUUCUUUUCAGGAAUGAAAUGGCUGUCGACGAAUCUGAUGACAUACAAGAUGCUCUACGUCUGAUCAAAUAUGCAGUGGGAAAGUCUGGUACGGAAUUCCGCAGGGAAAUGCAACGUCAUUCAGCAGUAAUGCGCCAGCUGUUUCACUACAAGGGGCAGCCAGAUCCCCUUAAAGGAGAUGCCCUUAAUAAGGCUGUUCGAGACACAGCCCAUGAGGCUGUGUCAGCUAUCUUUUCUAAUGAGGACAACAAGGCAGUGACACCGGCAGAAGGUAUCCAAAAGCGUAUUCAGGGUUUUGGCAAUACUAACUAUCAAAUGCCUACAGAAGAGAAGAAGUCGUUUCUCAGUGAAGUUGUGGACAUAGGACUGAGCACAAUUGCUGUUGCUAAUUCCAUCAGGAAAAGUGACAGCGGGAGUUACAAGAGCCCGAAUCUUCGAAGAUCUCUAACUACAGAAGUAGGUGGCCGAGAUAGAUAUGCAGGAAAUGAUUAUUGCAGUGGAGAUGAUUCUUCUUCAGGUUCUUCAAGAAACAUGUCUUCAGGGACAUGGGGCCAAGAUUCGAGAACAGCGGCAACAAUUACAGCAUCUAAUGAAGAAACAGCUUCAAAUCAUACAGGGAUUAAGAGUCGUGAGGAGAGGCUUUUGGAGACCAUUGUCACUUCAGGGGGUGUACGUAUACAACCCACUCGUGAUGCUAUCCAGGCUUUUCUCACGGAGUCAUUGAAACUUGAUCCAGUGGCUAUGAGUCAUGCACUUGAGGUGAAACUCCACUCGCCCCUAUGGCAGGUCCGGAUGAAGGCCUGUUGUGUCUUGGAAUCAAUUUUGAGGAAAAAGGAUGAUGAGCAUUUAUCCAUUAUAGCAUCUUAUUUUAGUGAGAGGAGAGAAUCUGUGGUUAAAUGCUCUGAAGUACCUCAAGUUUCUUUGAGAGAAAAGGCAAACAAAGUUUUAAGUCUUUUGGAUGGGGACAAGAUUUCUGGAACAGGGAACCAGGUGGAGCAAUCUAACUCAAGGCCCAUGCCAGUUCCAGCUGUUCAGAUGCCCGACUUAAUCGAUACAAGUGAUGCAAAUGAUUAUGGAACUGAAUCUUUAACACAGAAGCAUGCUGACCAAAAUAUUGGAAACCUGACAACAUCUGGUUCUUUGGUUGAUGAUUUGUUUGGAGAUGGCCCUGUUGCUGGUCUGAACAGCAGUGAAAAUAGAAGUGAAGAUGACCCAUUCACAGAUGUAUCUUUCCACGUGACCGAAGAGAAACAACUUGAUGACAUAUUUUCAGGCUUGACAGUUGAUGUUAACAAAUCCGAGAAUGAGCAGAAAGUUAAUAAAGAGUUUGGAUUGCUCAACGCUUUCAGUUCCAACUCUGAUCUUCUUCUACAAGAAUCAGAAACGAAAACGAGCAAAGAGCAUGACUUGAUGCCUGGUUUGUCUCUUAACAGUAAUGUGCUAGAGAAGAGCCAACCUUUUAUUGGAACUUCCUUUGUUGAUACCAUAAAUCUGUCCAGCCAAAUGCCUACGAGCCAAUCCAGCCAGGGUCCUGUGAGCAGUGCUCUAAAUGGAGGUCUUGGUUCAAACUCCUUAUUCCCUAUGGCUGCAAUGCAGUAUAAUAUGCCCCAAAAUAUUAUGUUCAAUCCAUCUUAUGCUAACCAGCCAAUGAACUAUGCCGCCAUGGGGGCGUUCAUUGCACAGCAACAACUACUGUUUCAAAAUGUAGGAAAUAUUAAUGCUGGUUAUGGGCAUGCCGUUGGAAAUGCUGUUGACGGAAGUCACUCCUCAGCAUUACCUGACAUUUUUCAACUUUCAAAAAAUCCAGUACAAAGCCAUGCUACAACUCUAACCAGCUCGAAGGAGGAUACAAAAGCUUUCGAUUUUAUUUCGGAUCAUUUAUCAGCAGCUCGAGAUUCAAAAAGAGUAUUGUGAAUGUAAUUUGACAGCGAUAUGGACACUGAAGCAGCCUCAAGUAAUUCUUUUGCAAAAAUGUUCCUUCCCUCAAAUUACAUGAACUACUGUCGUCAUCCCCUCUGAAUGUGCAGCCAUAUUUAAAAUGUUUAUGUUUAAUAGUCUUGUAGAUGUGAACAUGCAUCCCAUAUUUUGAAGAGAGUUGUUGUAAUAUAUAUGUAAAAUGGAGGCCAGAUAUUCAAUUCUCGUGAAUUUCUAUUUGUUUUCCCUGCAAAUUGCUGUGUUGGGGCUUGCAUUC